AUGAGAUACGCAAAGACUCGUGUCCACCUCACCUUAAAGGGGCUGUUUGGAGCUCUCUGCGUGUGGCUGGGGUGCCUGUCCUCCACCACACUGACUGGUUUCCACCUGACGUUCACGGGCCUGUUCGGGGCGCUGUGUGUGUGGCUGGGGUACCUGUCGGGGACGGCGAACAUCCCUCUGUGGGACAUCGGGUGGUUCGGCAUGCUCGCCAACCUCUCCAUCGUUGGCAUGAACCUCUCCCUCAUGUCCAACUCCGUGGGGUUCUACCAGAUCUCUAAGCUCGCCAUCAUCCCAGUGACCUGUCUGUGUGAGACGCUGCUGCACGCCAAGGCCUACUCCAAGGAGGUCAAGCUGUCCGUGCUGGCAGUCAUGCUGGGGGUGGGCGUGUGCACCGUCACUGACAUCUCUGUCAACGCCUUUGGGCUCAUCACUGCAUCCGUGGCGGUGGUCUCUACGUCUCUGCAGCAGAUUUUCGUGGGCGAGCUGCAGAGGAAGCACAACGUGGGGUCGUUUGAUCUGCUGCGCCAGACAGCGCCCAUCCAGGCAGUGACCCUUGUGGUUGUCGGGCCCUUCCUAGACUACCUCCUCACCUCGCAGAACCUUCUUGAGUUCCCUGUCACCAGCAACGCUGCAUUCUUCAUCUUCCUCUCCUGCGCCUUUGCCAUCGGCUGCAACCUCUCCGUCUACCUGUGCAUCGGAAAGUUCUCGGCAACGUCCUUCCAGGUGCUGGGGCACAUGAAAACGGUGGUGGUACUCAUUCUCGGCUGGACCGUUUUCAAGGACCCAUUUACUCUCAAGAAUUUCAGCGGCAUGCUCAUGGCUAUUGUAGGCAUGCUGCUGUACAGCUGGGCUGUGGAGAAAGAGAAGGGGGAGAAGGGUGGGAAGGAGGUGAAGGGAGGGAAGGAGGGGCUGCCGCUGCUGCCGGUGCUGAAAGGAGAGGAAGGAGUGGGAGGGGGGAUGGGGGAGGAGGGGAAGGGGGAUGUGGAGUAUGGCGGGGUGAUGGGGGAGAAUGGGAGGAGGCCCAGCUCCCCGACAAAAGGGGGGAAAGGCCGAGCUGCCUCUACUGCCGCCCCUUCUGCUGCUGCUGCUGCUGCUGCUGCUGCUGCUGCUCCUGCUGCCGCUGCUGCUGCUGCUGCUGCUCCUGCUGCCGCUGCUGCUGCUGCUGCUGCUGCUGCUGCUGCUGCUGCUGCUGCUGCUGCUGCUUCUGCUGCUGCUGCCGCUGCUGCUGCUCCUGCUGCCGCCGCCGCUGCUGCUGCUGCUGCUGCUGCUGCUGCUGCUGCUGCUGCUGCUACCGCUACUGCUACUGCCUACUAUGGCCACCAUUACUGUCCUUGCAUUGGACGCGAAGGGCCGCCCGAUUAA